AUGCGGUUACUUAAAUUUAAUUAUCGAAUUGAGUAUGUUCCAGGUAAAUCAUUCCAUGUACCAGAUGCCCUAUCCAGAGCCCCACUUCAACAAGGAACAACAGACCUGGACGCUCUCUUAAUGGAUGAAAUGUAUAUCAGUUCAGUAAUAAAAGAGGUUGAUGGAUGGAUUUGUCCUGAAAGAACGAUCAGAGAAGAACAAGAUAAGGAGAUGAUAAUUAUGGAGGCCAAGGAAAACGUUAAAGCCGGAUGGAAAAGAAAAGAGAAAUCACAAUAUUAUAAGUACAGAAACGACUUAGCUAUUGAUAAAGAAAUAUUAAUCUAUAAAGACCGAUUGGUAAUACCAAAAACCCUAAGAAAGAGAUGCUUAAACCUAUUACAUGACGGACAUUUUGGGAUGGGUAAAUGCAAAGCCAGAGCGAAACAAAGUUUAUGGUGGCCUGGAAUUUAUCAACAGAUCAACGAAAUGAUUCAGAAUUGCGAAAUAUGUCUACAAACAAAACCAACAGCAACGGAACCGAUGAUAUCCACGGAGAUUCCAGGAAGACCUUGGAGUGUAGUUGGAGUAGACUUGGCCGAUUACAAAAAUCGCAUAUAUAUAGUAAUUCAGGAUUAUUAUUCAAAAUACCCUGAGGUGAGAAAACUAACAUCUACAAAGAGUAGAGACAUAAUUGAAGUAAUGAAACAUGUAUUUGUCCGACAUGGCAUACCGGACGUUGUAAGAUCCGAUAAUGGUCCACAAUUCAACUGUCUUGAAUUCAGACAAUUUGCAGAAAAGUAUGGAUUCAAGUGGACAUCAUCCAGUCCAGAAUAUCAACAGUCAAGCGGAUUGGCUGAGAGUGCUGUCAAAACGUUAAAAACAAUUUUAAAAAGGAACCCAGAAGAUCCCUAUUUAGGUUUGCUGGCGUAUCGCAACUCAACAUUGACAUGUGGCGCUUCUCCAGCACAGCUGUUAUUUGGACGAAACCUUCGCGACAGAAUACCAAUAUCGAAGAAUAUCGAACCCGAAAUUACCCAAUCAUGA